GACCAGAUCCUGACACUGAUCGCCGUUAACCUAACCUCAUACAGGGUGCAACUCGCUAGGGCUGAUGCAUGAUACCAGAAAUGCAACAGCUUAUUCAGGAGUCACUCAUCAUGAACAUGUCCAUUCUAAUGCCGAUGUAUCCUUCAGAAAUUGCUGUCUGAUUGGUGCUGGCUUGGCACUAACGGCCUUUCUUUCCAGGGGCUUGAGAACUCUACAUUGUCGCAUCGGCUUGGCUUUACGAAAAAUCCCUACAAUGCAACAUCACAUCAAGUCCAGCUGAACCCUUCAGCCAGCUGUAAAUGUGACCUCCUUCCCGCUUCUCGCAAUGCAUUUUGGCUUGAGUUAAAGUCUUCGGCGUCAUGGCUACUCUCGAUCCUGGGGUGGAUAUCUACAACACGUCCGUUGUACCGCCGCCAAUUGGCCAGGAGUCCAAUUUUGACAGACCGCUCUCCGACGUGCAACUCGCGACAAUCACGGUCUUUGCGGUCACGUACUUUCUCGCCACGGUCUCUCUCGCUCUUCGAUAUGCCACAAGUGCGCUGGUCGUUAAGGAAUGGGAACUCGAUGUCGUGCUCAUCACGCUCGCAUGGGGAACGGCGUUGGGCUACUUUAUCUCGGUUUGCUUCAUGAUGAAGUACGGAUGGGGGUCGCAUGCUUGGGACGUCUCCCUUGCUGAUAUGGUUCAGUACAACAAGUACCUCUCUCCGACGACGUUGACGUACAUGUGGAGUCCGACCCUAACGAAGCUCUCGAUUCUCUCCGUUCUUUAUCGCAUCAGCCCGGCGCGAGGCUAUCAGAUCUCGGUCUACGUCAUUGCAAUCGCGUUGUUAAUAUAUACCAUCACCUUCACCGUCCUACUCUCAGGGCCUUGCAAUCCGAAAGACGUUGGAUCGGGUGUCUGCUUAAACAAUCUAGCCAUCUCCCAGGUCGUCUUGAACAUCGCGACCGAUUUGUCGAUCAUCAUUCUCCCGCUUCCCACGUUGCAUAAUCUUCAAAUACCCUUUCGCCAAAAGGUUGUCGUCGGCUGUAUUCUUUCUAUUGGAUCUGCGGUUCUGAUCGCAUCCAUCGUCCGAGCCCCUUACGUCCACAUCAUGGCCACCAACCCCGAUUUCACCCGGAAACAAGCCGAAGCCGGCAUAUGGUCCCUGGUCGAACUCAACAUGGGCAUUGUAUGCAACAACCUGAUGCGGCUGAAGCCGUUCCUCAGAACAUACCUUCCUAGAGUCUUGACCUUUCUCGGUCUCACAGCGAAGUCGAAGCCUCAAGGAGAGAACCCUUCGAAGUCCAGCGGGAACUGGAGGGGCAGGCCUUCUCACAGUUAUCAGCUCAACAGCUUAGAGCAUGAGGAUCCCCAUCAUAAGAGUUUUAGAAAGGAGCCUUCAGUGGAUGAGGCUGCUUUUGGGGACUUGGACAAGGAACCAUCACGCCAUAAUGGUAGCACUGAUGAUAUACUUAGAUCAUGACAGUUAUCCGCCGUUCCAGAAACUACAACAGCUAUUUACAAGAGUUCACAAAGGUAUUUAAAUAGAAACAUUGGCUAGCCAUCCUUUCCGAUAACGCGACCCUCCCGUUGUACUCCGACACAUGCAAAUCCUGAACACCAUAUCUUCGUUAUAACGCAAGAGCCUCGGUUAGCUUGAGCUUCCGUAACCAAGACACGCUCUGCCUAUCGAAACUCCCAAGGCUGCCACGAAAUGACUGCCCAGCAGUUUAUUCUUUCUCGCGGCCAUCGUCGACUUGAAGAUACAUAUCUGUAGAAAGGCCUUGUUGGCCUACCCCAUAGAUUUGAUCAGGCUCUAUGGUACCAUCUAGUUCCCCUCUUCCAGUAAGUCCCAGCUGAGAUGCAGGAAGUACAAGGCUUUGACCAGUUGUGAACGCCCUGCCCUACAACCUCGGCGGUAAUGACGUUACAGGUGAACCAGCACCCGGUCUUCAUUGAGAACGCGCGGGUUAGGGUUGAGUGACCACAUAAAAAGUGGUUGGUGUUCAUGAUCCAGACGCACAUUGUGAGUUUUAUGUGGAGUCUGUUUGAAACAGCAAAAGCUGGCUGAUGAGAUAUGAGGAGGGGGAGAAAUUGCCGGCAGCUGCGCAGGCUGAAUAAAAGGCAAUAGACAGAUGUAGCUAUUGUCUAUAUCGCCGAGAAGUGAAUUUUCGUCGGUAUAGCUCUGAAAAGCUUGAAUGAUGAGAAGCAACAAUCAAGAUGGAUACUCGCGAGGAACUGAGCCUUGUUAUUUAUGUCGCAGGUUGCGCGUCGCAUACGAAACCAAGCCUGAUGGCUCUCAUAUGCACGAUAUCACACCUGACUGAGUCUGACCAACGUGUUGGCUGAGUUGCAGAUACAAGAAACAAGGGGUUUGAAAAGGAUGUCCAAAGUGCAGUACAUAACAACCGUGAUACCAGAAGCCACAACUCUGACUGCUCAUGGUUACUGUUCGGAAUAAAUUCUCCGAAACAAAAGUGAAGGGCUUUUCACCGUAUUCCGUAUUAGGAAGGUUUUAUGAUAUGGUGCUUACUGAUGACGCCUCCAGA